AUGGAUGUCUCUGGUCAAAAGCACCGACUUCAUUCACACCCACCUCCGCCGCACUGUCCAAACCAACCACCGUCACAGGCCACCACCUCCGUCUCCUCCGCUCAGUCGACGUGGAGCAAAACCACCGUGACUUGUUCUCCUUGCAUUGGGAAAGCCCUGAUUUCGGAGAAGACUAUUCCUAGAGUUGAUGUCGAUGAUGUGGUUGGAACUUAUAAUGGCCUCAUAUGCCUAGCUGAUUAUGGUUUUUUGUGCCUCAUUUGGAACCCAUCUAUAAGAAAGUGUGUGGUUUUGCCUAGAACAACUGCUACCAAGAAGAAGGAUUUGACUAGGGUGAUCAAAAGUUUCGGGUUUGGGUACGAUUCUAAGAACAAGGAUUACAAGGUUUUGAGGAUUUUGAGUGAUGGUUUUCGUGAGUUUGAGGUCUACUCCUUGGCUAGAGGGACCUGGAAGAGCCUUGGUGAUGUUCCUGUAGAUUUUAUGCCUUUUCAUUUUGGUGUUAGUCUUGAAGAGAGACAUGUUUGUGUCAAUGAUGCUCUGCAGUGGUUGGUUCUGCGGCGGCAGAAGAACAAGGACAAUGCCAUUGUUUGUUUUGAUCUGCAGGGCGAGACGUUUACUGAGAUGGCGGUGCCGGAUGGUUUGAGGAGGGAGUUGUGCUAUGUUUCGAAGUAUAGGGAGUGGCUAGCAUUGAUCAGGUGUAAAAUUGUAGGACAAGAUCCGACUAGUUCUGGUUUUUUCAUGUGGGUCAUGAAUGAGUAUGGUGUUGAGGAAUCAUGGACUAUGUUGUUCAAUGUGCGUCUGGUGGGAUUUACAUAUGAGCCGCUUAGUUUGACAACGAAUGGGGAGGUGGUGCUCAAGAGGGAUUUUGGUGACGAGCCGAUUUGGGUGGAUCUUAAUAGGAAUUAUGCUAAAGGUUUUGGAAUGAAAGGAUAUAGGUACUGCUUCCUGGAUUGUUUUGUAGAGAGCAUUGUUUUACUUGGCCAAUCCAAUGCUAUUUCCUAUUGA